AGCCCAAACAAGUUCUACUAAUCCUCUUACAAACACCCUCUAUAUAAUAACCUAAAACCCCACAAAAAUUACUCAAAUUGUCACCUUCCAAGUCAACACAAAAGGGUUUAUUAUCAAUGGAUUCUCAACCUGUUGAACCUGUCAGUUACAUCUGUGGAGAUUGUGGACAGGAGAAUACGCUAAAACCUGGUGAUGUGAUACAGUGUCGUGAAUGUGGUUAUCGUAUUCUCUACAAGAAGCGUACUCGCAGAAUUGUGCAGUAUGAAGCUCGCUGAUGCGUGAAGCCAUCUCUGUGUCAAUAUGCAAUUGAUUUUGAAAAGCAGCUAUAGUGUGCUGCUCCUGUGGAAGUAGAUGUUAAGAACGUAAUAGCCACUGUUAAAACUUGUGCUUUUCAGCAUGGCCAUCGUGUGUUGUUAGUCUAUAUGGCAAGUUCAACUCAAACUCAGUGUGGUUAGUAUUGUAGAAGAUUUUAAAAAAACAAGGUCUUGUGGAGAAUCUGUUUAUGUUAAAAUCUUCAUGACUCGUGUUGCUUCCUUGAUAAUGUUAUUUUUCAUCUCUUGCGAAAUUACGCAUGGAAUUCAUAUUAGAUGCAAUUUAAUUGCCAUCUCAAGUUUGUUGUGUAAA